CCCAGUGUGUGGGUGGCGGCACGCGCGGGGCGCAGCAGUGCGGGGGCGCGAGCGGGGCCGGUGUGGGGCUCGGGUGUGUGUCCACGUGGAACCAGUGGCGGCGGAGGGACAGGCCCGUCCCCAGGUGCAGCUGCUGGCCAUGCAUACUGUCUUCCUCCUCCAGCUGCUCUUUCUUGCUGUUGGUGGGGCCCUGGGCAACAGCAGGCCCUUCCGUGCCUUCGUGGUGACAGACACCACACUCACUCACCUUGCUGUGCACCAAGUGACUGGAGAGGUGUUCGUGGGUGCAGUGAACCGUGUCUUUAAACUGGCCCCCAACUUGACUGAGCUGCGGGCCCAUAUCACCGGGCCUGUUGAGGAUAAUGCUAGCUGCUACCCACCCCCCAGUAUGCGUGUAUGUGCCCACCGCCUAGCACCCGUGAACAACGUGAAUAAGCUGCUGCUUAUAGACUAUGCAGCCCACCGCCUGGUGGCCUGUGGCAGUACCUGGCAGGGCAUCUGCCAGUUCCUGCGCCUGGAUGACCUCUUCAAGCUGGGCGAGCCCCACCACCGCAAGGAGCACUACCUGUCAGGGGCCCAAGAGCCUGAUUCUAUGGCUGGCGUCAUUGUGGAGCAGGGCCAGGGGCCCAGCAAGUUGUUUGUGGGCACUGCUGUCAAUGGCAAGUCGGAGUACUUCCCUACCCUGAGCUCCCGCAAGCUCAUCAGCAACGAAGACAGCGCGGACAUGUUUAGCCUGGUGUACCAGGAUGAGUUUGUUUCCUCUCAGAUCAAGAUCCCCUCAGACACACUGUCCUUGUACCCUGCCUUCGACAUCUAUUACAUCUAUGGCUUUGUGAGCACCUCCUUCGUGUACUUCCUGACGCUGCAGCUGGACACCCAGCAGACGCUGCUGGACACAGCAGGCGAGAAAUUCUUCACGUCCAAAAUUGUGCGCAUGUGUGCAGGGGACUCAGAGUUCUACUCAUACGUGGAGUUCCCCAUCGGCUGCUCCUGGCGUGGGGUGGAAUACCGCUUGGUUCAGAGCGCCCACCUGGCCAAGCCCGGCCUGCUGCUGGCCCAAGCCCUGGGCGUGCCAGCCGACGAGGAUGUCCUCUUCACUGUUUUCUCUCAGGGCCAGAAGAACCGGGUCAGCCCGCCCAGGCAGACCGUUCUCUGCAUCUUUACCCUCAGCAACAUCAACGCCCACAUCCGGCGCCGCAUCCAGUCCUGCUAUCGGGGGGAGGGCACGCUGGCCCUGCCUUGGCUGCUGAACAAGGAGCUGCCCUGCAUAAACACCCCUAUCCAGAUCAAUGGAAACUUCUGUGGGCUGGUGCUGAACCAGCCACUGGGUGGCCUGCAUGUGAUUGAGGGGCUGCCCCUGCUAGCCGACAACACUGAUGGCAUGGUCAGCGUGGCUGCCUACACCUACCACCAGCACUCUGUGGUUUUCAUUGGCACACGCAGUGGCAGUCUGAAGAAGGUGCGGGUCGAUGGCUCCCAGGAUGCCCACCUGUACGAGACGGUCCCUGUGGUGGACGGCAGCCCCAUACUCCGAGACCUGCUCUUCAGCCCUGACCACCAGCACAUCUACCUCCUGAACGAGAAGCAGGUGAGCCAGCUCCCAGUGGAGACCUGUGAACAGUACCUGAGCUGCGCGGCUUGCCUGGGCUCAGGGGACCCACAUUGUGGUUGGUGUGUGCUGCAGCACAGAUGCUGCCGUGAGGGGGCCUGUCCAGGUGCCUCUGCCCCACAUGGCUUUGCGGAAGAGCUGAGCAAGUGCGUUCAGGUGCGGGUCCGGCCCAACAAUGUUUCGGUGACAUCACCUGGGGUUCAGCUGACUGUAGCCAUGCGCAACGUGCCAGACCUCAGCGUGGGUGUGAGCUGUGCCUUUGAGGAAGUGAUGGAGAGCAAGGCCAUCCUGCUGCCCUCUGGCGAGCUGCGCUGCCUUUCGCCCUCUUUCCAGGAGCUCCGGGCUCUUACCAAGGGGCAUGGAGCCACCCGCACUGUGAGGCUGCAGCUGCUCUCCAAGGAGACUGGCGUGAGGUUUGCUGGGGCUGACUUUGUCUUCUACAACUGCAGCGUCUUCCAGUCGUGCAUGUCCUGCGUCAGCAGCCCUUACCCCUGCCACUGGUGUAAGUACCGCCACGUGUGUACCAGUCACCCCCACGAGUGCUCCUUCCAGGAGGGCAGGGUCCACAGCCCUGAGGGCUGCCCUGAGAUCCUGCCCAGUGGGGACCUCCUGAUCCCCGUUGGUGUCAUGCAACCUCUUACCCUGCGAGCUAAGAACCUGCCGCAGCCCCAGUCAGGCCAGAAGAACUACGAGUGUGUGGUCCAGGUGCAGGGGCGGCAGCAGCGAGUGCCUGCUGUGCGCUUCAACAGCAGCAGCGUGCAGUGCCAGAACACCUCGUACUCCUAUGAAGGCGAUGAGUAUGGUGACACUGAGCUGGACUUCUCUGUGGUCUGGGAUGGAGAUUUCCCCAUUGACAAGCCUCCCAACUUCAGAGCCCUCCUGUACAAGUGCUGGGCACAGCGGCCUAGCUGUGGCCUCUGCCUCAAGGCUGACCCCCGGUUCAACUGUGGCUGGUGCAUCUCAGAGCACAGAUGCCAGCUACAGGCCCACUGCCCGGCCCCCAAGACCAACUGGAUGCACCCCAGCCAGAAAGGUGCCCAGUGCAGCCACCCCCGCAUUGCCCAGAUCCAUCCUCUCAUGGGGCCCAAGGAGGGAGGCACCAGGGUCACCAUCGUGGGUGAGAACCUGGGCCUCGCCUCCCGAGAGGUGGGCCUGCGGGUGGCUGGUGUGCGUUGCAAUUCCAUCCCAGCCGAGUAUGUCAGUGCUGAGAGGAUCGUGUGUGAGAUGGAGGAGUCGUUGGUGCCCAGCCCGCCACCAGGGCCUGUGGAGCUCUGCAUAGGUGACUGUUCUGCUGACUUCCGCACACAGUCUGAGCAGCUCUACAGCUUUGUGAGCCCAAUGUUUGACCGUGUGAGUCCCAGUCGGGGCCCAGCUUCGGGGGGCUCUCGGCUCACCAUCUCUGGCAGCUCCCUGGAUGCUGGCAGCAGGGUCACAGUGACUGUGAGAGAUGGCGAGUGCCAGUUCGUGAGGAGAGAUGCCGAGGCGAUUGUGUGUAUUGCACCUGUCUCCACCCUGGGCCCCAGCCAGGCCCCCAUCACCCUUGCCAUUGACCGUGCCAAUGUCUCUAGCCCUGGAGUCAUCUACACCUACACUCAGGACCCCACGGUCACUCACCUUGAGCCCACUUGGAGCAUCAUCAAUGGAAGCACUGCCAUCACUGUGAGUGGGACCCACUUGCUGACAGUUCAGGAGCCCCGGAUCCGGGCCAAGUACCGCGGCAUUGAGACCACCAAUACAUGCCAGGUGAUCAACGACACUGCCAUGCUGUGUAAAGCCCCCGGCAUCUUCCUUGGGCAGCCCCAACCACGGGCCCAAGGCGAGCACCCUGAUGAGUUUGGCUUCCUGCUGGACCAUGUGCAGACAGCUCGCUUCCUCAACCACUCCUCUUUCACCUACUACCCUGACCCCAGCUUUGAGCCGCUUGGCCCCUCCGGUGUGCUGGACAUCAAACAUGGCUCCCAUGUGGUGCUGAAGGUGCAGAAGAGCGGAAAGAGGGAGGGCCAGGGAGGUGGAGAGCCCUGGGCUGAGCCUGUCCUCUACCCCCAGGGCAAGAACCUGAUCCCCGCAGCAGCUGGUAGCUCCCGCCUCAACUACACAGUGCUUAUAGGAGGCCAGCCGUGUGCACUCACCGUCUCGGACACACAACUCCUGUGUGACUCACCCAGCCAGACUGGCCGGCAGCCCGUCAUGGUGCUGGUGGGUGGCCUAGAGUUUUGGCUGGGCACCCUGCACAUCACAGCUGAGCGGGCACUGACCUUGCCUGCCAUGGUGGGACUGGCAGCAGGGGGUGGGCUCUUGCUGCUGGCCAUCACCGCCGUGCUGGUUGCCUACAAGCGCAAGACUCAGGAUGCAGACCGCACACUCAAGCGGCUCCAGCUGCAGAUGGACAACCUGGAGUCCCGUGUGGCCCUGGAAUGCAAGGAAGCCUUUGCAGAGCUACAGACCGACAUCAAUGAGCUAACGAACCACAUGGAUGGGGUGCAAAUCCCUUUCCUGGAUUACCGGACCUAUGCCGUGCGCGUGCUCUUCCCCGGCAUCGAGGCCCACCCAGUGCUCAAGGAGCUGGAUACCCCACCCAACAUUGAGAAGGCCCUGCGCCUCUUCGGGCAACUGCUGCACAGCCGCGUCUUCGUGCUCACCUUCAUCCACACACUAGAGGCCCAGAGCAGCUUCUCCAUGCGUGACCGUGGUACCGUGGCCUCGCUCACCAUGGUGGCCUUGCAGAGCCGGCUCGACUACGCCACAGGGCUGCUCAAGCAACUGCUGGCAGAUCUUAUACAGAAAAACCUUGAGAGCAAGAACCACCCAAAGCUGCUAUUGCGCAGGACAGAGUCAGUAGCUGAGAAGAUGCUUACCAAUUGGUUCACGUUCCUGCUGCAUAAGUUUCUGAAGGAGUGUGCAGGGGAGCCGCUCUUCCUCCUGUACUGUGCCAUCAAGCAGCAGAUGGAGAAGGGCCCCAUUGAUGCCAUCACAGGCGAGGCACGCUACUCCCUGAGUGAGGACAAGCUCAUCCGGCAGCAGAUCGACUACAAGACACUGACCCUACACUGCGUGUGCCCAGAGAGUGAGGGCAGUGCCCACGUCCCGGUGAAGGUUCUCAACUGUGACAGCAUCACCCAGGCCAAAGACAAGCUCCUGGACACUGUGUACAAGGGCAUCCCGUAUUCCCAGCGCCCCAAAGCAGAGGACAUGGACCUGGAAUGGCGCCAGGGUCGCAUGGCCCGCAUCAUCCUCCAGGAUGAGGAUGUCACUACCAAGAUUGAGUGUGACUGGAAGAGGGUCAACUCACUGGCCCACUACCAGGUGACAGAUGGUUCCUUGGUGGCACUGGUGCCCAAACAAGUGUCUGCCUAUAACAUGGCCAACUCCUUCACCUUCACCUGUUCCCUCAGCCGCUACGAGAGCCUGCUCCGCACAGCUAGCAGCCCUGACAGCCUCCGCUCGAGGGCACCCAUGAUCACACCUGACCAGGAGACAGGCACCAAGCUGUGGCACCUGGUGAAGAACCAUGACCACACUGACCACCGAGAGGGGGACCGUGGCAGCAAGAUGGUCUCAGAGAUCUACCUGACUCGACUACUGGCCACCAAGGGCACAUUGCAGAAGUUUGUGGAUGACCUCUUUGAGACUGUGUUCAGCACGGCUCACCGAGGCUCAGCUCUGCCCCUGGCCAUUAAGUACAUGUUCGACUUCCUGGAUGAGCAGGCCGACCAGCGCCAGAUCAGCGACCCUGAUGUGCGCCACACCUGGAAGAGCAACUGCCUGCCCCUGCGUUUCUGGGUGAAUGUGAUCAAGAACCCUCAGUUCGUGUUUGACAUCCACAAGAACAGCAUCACGGAUGCCUGCUUGUCAGUGGUGGCCCAGACCUUCAUGGACUCCUGCUCCACAUCUGAGCACCGCCUGGGCAAGGACUCCCCAUCUAACAAGCUGCUCUAUGCCAAGGAUAUCCCCAACUAUAAGAGCUGGGUGGAGAGGUACUACCGAGACAUUGCAAAGAUGGCGUCCAUCAGUGACCAGGACAUGGAUGCCUACCUGGUAGAGCAGUCCCGCCUCCAUGCCAGUGACUUCAAUGUCCUAAGCGCACUCAGUGAGCUCUAUUUCUACGUCACCAAGUACCGUCAGGAGAUUCUUACUGCUCUGGACCAAGAUGUCUCUUGUCGGAAGCAUAAGUUGCGCCAGAAGCUGGAGCAGAUCAUCAGCCUCAUGUCCAGCAACAGCUAAAGGUGGUGGCAUCGGUGAGGAGGGGGCUUCUCAGUCCUCAGCCAUGCUCCUGUCAAGGGGAGCAGCUGGCUCAAGCCCGGGCCGCUGGGCUGAGCCCUGGAUUGUGUGUCGUGUGGGAGGUUUCCAGGACAAGACGUCCCAGCACACAUGGGCCCCUUCAUUAGUGCCUUGCUUUGGGCCCUGCACGGGGAGGAGGUGACAGGACCAAGCCCUCACCCCAGCAGCAGCAAUACCCCCACCCUCCUGCCCUGUGCCCACGUGUUGGGAUAGCCCUGCCCUCCUUACUAUUUAUGCCCCCAACCACCUAUUUAUUGAAUUGAACUUGUUGGUCUCCAUCUGUAAAUAUGUGUCUCCCCAUGGGUUGUUGCCAGCCUCACUCACCUUCCUCUCCUGAGUUGUUCUGGGCCCUGCCACCUGUUCUGGCUCCUUUGUAACAUUAUCAGCUUUGGCCCAGCCUCUGGCACUUCACCCUUGCCAUGGCUGGCCCCACCUGUUCCAAGACAGGGUUCUCAGUACCAGCAGCACUUGGAGGCAGGUGAUGUACUCAAAGCUAUUCUCAGAUUGGCUCUGCUAGAUUGGGCCACAGUGUCCCCCUCAAAACAUCCUGUACGUUCUUAUGAGGCCCUGUUCUGAGCACCUGGAAGCUCUGGAAUGCUCCUUGUCCCCACCCUACUGCCAAAUUUCCCGUGUCGUCUGCACCUGCCCUGGAUCCCCUCCUCCUCAGCUGCCCUGUCCUGCGCCCGCCCUGAAGGGCUGAGGCGGCAGUGCCUUACUGCUCCAUGUCUUCUGCCUCCCCUGAGGAAUCUGGCCCCGCCUCAUGGUCCCAGACCUCAAUUCUCUCUUCAGUUGCAUGAGUUUUCCUUUGCUCCUGUAAUGUGUUUUCCUAAUUAAAUGUUGGGAAACUGGA